GGUACCUAUAUAAAGAUGCUUGCAACAGAACACUGUUUUAAUUAAAUUAAGAACACAAGUGGUCACAGAUGGCUUGCGUCGAAUUCACCGUCAAUGGGAAAAAAUGUACAGUGGACAGCUCCCUCCACCGGGAUACGACCCUAAAUGCCUACCUCAGGUACCAUUUAGGUCUCCCCGGAACCAAAGCCAUGUGCAGAAUAGGAAUAUGCGGAGCGUGUAUUGUGAAUGUGACUGCGCAGAGAGAGACCAGUGGCACAGUUGAAACAUUUUCCGUGAAUUCUUGCCUGGUGCUUGUAUUCUCCUGCCAUGGAUGGGACAUCACCACCAUAGAGGGCGUCGGCAACCGAUUGAAAGGCUACAGUGAAAUUCAGAAACGCAUAGCCGCUUUUAAUGCAACCCAGUGUGGAUAUUGUACACCUGGUUGGGUGAUGCAUUUAAACAGUCUCGCAGAUAAGGGCCUUAAUAUGGUUGAGUUAGAGAAUUCUUUUGGGUGCAAUACGUGUCGCUGUACAGGUUACAGGCCCAUUUUAGACACAAUUAAGUCAUUUGCUAUAGACGCCAGUCCGGCGCUCUGCAAAAAAGUUGAAGAAAUAGAAGAGCUUACAACUGGCUUUAACGACAAAGCCAAAAUAUGUGACCGAAAAUGUUCGACAUGCAGCGAUGGUGAUUGGAGUUUAAUUAACAAUACAAAUAAAUGUAGUCCAAUCAUAAUAACUUCUGGGGAAACAAUGUUUAUGAAGGUCUUUGAAGAGGAUCAGAUAUUUGACAUGAUUGAUACUUGUGGUACAAAACCCUAUAUGCUAAUUGAUGGAAAUACUGGAAAAGGACUUAUAAAAGAUUUUGAGUAUCCACUUGCUAUAAUUGAUAUCUGUGACACGCCAUCCCUAAAGCGCUACUACUAUGAUCAAAACCUAGUUUUAGGAGCAAACGUUUCACUACAAGAUUGUUUGGAAAUAUUCAAACAGGCUGCAUUAACAAUGGAUGAAUUUGCGUAUUUAGAAGAAUUUGCUAAACAUUUUGAUUUGAUUGCCCAAAUGCCAGUAAGAAAGAUGGGAUCAUUGGCGGGAAAUAUCAUGCUGAAGUACAAAAACCCUGCUUAUCAAUCUGACGUGUUUCUAUUGUUCGAAGCCAUAGGGGCCACUAUUACAAUACGUGAUGAGAGUGGUAUAAAAACUUCCUAUUCUAUGGCAUAUUUUCUCCAAAUCGACAUGCACCGCAAACUAAUCGUGAGUUUUCAUUUGCCACCGGAAGAUUCACUUCAUAAAUUUAGGAGCUAUAAGAUAAUGCCAAGAAGUCAAAACGCUUUGGCCAUAGUUAAUGCUGCUUUUAGUGUUAAAUUUGACAACGAUUGUCGUAUUGACUCAAUAAGUAUAGUUUAUGGUAACAUUUCCCCUGAUUUUAUCCACGCUGCCCAAACAGAAGGAUAUUUGAGAGGAAAGAAUCUAUUUAACAACCAAGUAUUGCAAGGAGCAAUUAACGUUUUAAACAAGGAAAUCAUACCAAUAGACAGUCCCCCGGAACCAUCUCCAUGGGCAAGGAAGAAGUUGGCAAUAGAUCUGUUUUACAAGUUCGUUCUUAGCAUGACUCCAGAUGGAACGAUUUCUCCGCGGUACCAAACUGGGGGAGAGUUAAUCUUCCGCCCUUUAUCCAGCGGAACACAGAAUUACCAAACAGACCCCUCACUGUAUCCUCUAAAUAAACCAGUACAGAAACUAGAAGCUUUAUUACAAUGUUCUGGAGAGGCCCAAUAUGCUAAUGAUAUACCGCCGAUGCUGAGUGAAGUAUUCGGAGCAUUUGUAUUAUCAACAGUCUAUAACGGUGAUGUAGACGAAAUUGAUGUUGCACAUGCACUGAAAUUAGAUGGUGUCUUGGCUUUAUAUACUGCCAAAGAUAUACCAGGAAAAAACUCGUUCACCGUUCCUGGAAUACAACUCGAAACAAAUGACGAGGAAAUAUUGGUCGAAAAGAUUAAAUACAAUGGACAACCGGUAGCAAUAGUAGUUGCCGUUAGUCAAGACUUAGCUAUAAAUGCAGCUAAAAAAGUUAAAGUAACAUACAAAAAUGUCCGAAACACACCACCAAUUUUAACUAUAAAUCAAGCUAAAAAGUUCAGCGAUAGAAUAAAGUCAGGACCUACGAUUGAGCCACAAGGCAGAGGAAAUAAUAUUAAGAAAAUAAUUAAAGGUGUAUUUGAAGCAAAGUCCCAGUACCCUUAUUAUAUGGAACCUUUGACGUGUGUAGCAGUCCCUGUAGACAAUGGUUUGGAAGUUUAUGAUGCAACUCAAUGGAUGGAUUUGACGCAAAUUGCAGUAGCUCGAUGCUGCAAUAUGUCUGAAAGCGAUGUACAUCUGAAAGUUCGUCGUAUAGGGGGUGGUUUUGGCGGGAAAAUAAGUCGUAACGCGCUAGUAGCGUGCGCCUGCGCAGUUGUUGCAAGAAGAAUGGAUCGUCCUUGUAGAUUCAUAUUGCCAUUGGAGACAAACCUUGUUAUUGCCGGAGGGCGAUUGCCUGUUGAGUGCGAAUAUGAGGUUGGCGUUGACGACAAUGGCGUUAUUCAGUACUUAUACGCUUCAAUCACAGAGGAUGCUGGUUGUUCUCACAACGAGAAUCUUUUAGAUUUCGUCGCAGGUGCCUUCAAAAGCUGUUACAAUACCGAGUACUUUAGUCUAAAGACGAAUGCUGUACUUACCGAUUUAACUUCUAAUUCUUAUGUUAGAGCCCCUGGUACACUGGAAGGAGUCAUGAGUAUAGAAAACAUUAUGGAACAUAUUGGUUUUGCCUUAAAGAAAGAUCCAAUUGAUAUUCGUUUAGCCAACAUGAGAAAAGAUGACAAUGAUUUACCAGAGCUUAUAGAAACUCUAAAACACAAAGCAGAUUAUGAAAAUAGAUUAAAAGAGGUUGAGGCAUUCAAUAAAAACAAUAGGUGGAUGAAGAAAACACUCAAAGUUAACACUAUGUUUUAUCCUGUACAAUAUUACGGAAACUACACUGCCUUGGUUUCUGUGUAUCGUGGUGAUGGUACAGUAACAAUAACAACAGGUGGCAUUGAAAUGGGGCAAGGUGUUAAUACUAAAGCUGCUCAGGUUUGCGCUUAUGAACUAGGAAUACCACUCGAAAAAGUAUCAGUUAUUCCUAAUUAUUCAUUUGUAGCAGCGAAUAACGUUUUCUCAGGUUCCAGUAUCGUAAGCGAAUGCAUUUGCUACUCUGUAAUAAAAGCAUGUAGCAUUUUGAAGGAGCGAUUAAACCCAUUGAAGGAUCAACUGGGCGAUCCAACAUGGAUGGAGUUAAUACAAAAAGCUGGAGAAGAAGAAAUGGAUCUGAGCGCGCGUUAUAUGAUGAGUGAUUCGGAACCAGAUUUGCAUAAUUACAGUGCGUUUGCUGUUACGAUUUUGGAGGUUCAAUUAGAUGUACUAUGUGGAAAGUUUCAAAUUAAUAGAUGUGACAUACUGGAAGAUGUUGGAUUAAGUGCCAAUCCGAAUAUUGAUAUUGGUCAGAUAGAAGGUGCUUACGUACAAGGCUUAAGUUAUUUGACGUAUGAACAUUUCGUCUACGACAAAAUAACUGGGAAGAAGUUAACAAACAAUGCACUGACAUAUGAAACAUAUCUGGCUAAGGAUAUUCCAGUUGACUUCAGGGUUCACUUGAGAUACAAUUCUAAAAAUACCAAAGGCGUUUUAGGAUCCAAAGCUGUUGGAGAGAUGGGUAUCUGUUCAUCACCUGGUAUAGUUUAUGCACUAAGACAGUGUAUAUUGGAGUCACGCAAAGAUUCUGGGCACGAUCCUAACGAAUGGUUUGAUCUUGAUAUACCUGUUACGGCGGAGUCGUGUCUAAAAGCACUGGAUGUUAAACCAGAAGAACUCCUGUUAUUAUAAUCUUUGAUGAUAAUUCUAAAUGACACACUAUGUAGUAGGUAGUAUUUAGGUUUAUCAGAAUUCGGAACACUAUUAUCAGACAUGACCUAGUAUAGAGUCUAUACAACGCACCUGUCUGUUAAAACAUGUCUACAACUAGCCUGAAAUGUGCUAUUUUAUUCUAGUUUUAAACAACUGAAUCAGACUGUAUCUCUGUGAAUGCGUUUGCCUACCUAUAUACAUCCUGCAUACAUAUUUUCAUAACUUUUACAAAUAGUAUAUUAUUAUAAUUUUAGACUCAUGCAAAGUCAGAUUAUUAUUUAUUGGUUUGUGGUUUUUACUUACGUUAGUAUAAUUUGAUAAUUUGGCAAGAAUUUCAUAUUAUAAUGUAUUUAGUGUCAACAAUUUUCUAAAAGCGGUUAUUUUAAUUUUUAGUUUCUUGUUUUGAUAAUUUUUACGUUGUUUAAUUGCAUUGUCUUUG